GACCGUAUCUAAAUCUUUACGACUAUAGAAAAGCUUUCGGGAAAACGUUUAGUACUGUACAUGGUAGAAAUGCCGAACAACGUAGGGUCAUGAAUGCUAGGCAAUCGAUGGUGUCAAUGGCAAGGAUCAUAUCGAAAUACUAGCAGCCCGGACUUUCGAGGUUGUAGUUCCGCAUAUCUUGAAGAAGAUGAUUUACAUAUAUUAACAGUACAUCUAUUAUGUAGAACGAAUAUUCAUCGGCAUUCUAUCAAUUCUUUCCACACUGAAGAUGACUUCCGACAAAAAUAGCUUGGUUGUGCAUGGACACGUGAUCGAUAAUUCCAGUUCAGAAGAAGUGUCGAGCUCGAUCAUCAAGGAGGAAACGAAAAAAACGUGGACUAGCUAUAUAUGGGAUACUUUGGAUAAAUCGCCUCAAGAAAGACGGUUUCUGUUCAAGCUUGAUUUGGCAGUGUUGACGUUUGCUUCUCUGGGAUAUUUCAUUAAAAAUUUGGAUCAGCAAAACAUAAAUAAUGCAUUUGUCUCGGGGUUGAAAGAGGAUCUAGGCUUGUAUGGAAACCAACUCAAUUACAUGGUUGCAACAUGGACUGCAGGAUAUGUAAUUGGCGAGAUUCCGAGUAACAUUAUACUCACUCGAGUACGCCCUUCCAUAUGGAUUCCCACCAUUGAAGUAGUCUGGACAGUCUUGACAAUGUGUAUGUCGCGGUGUAACAACGUAUCGCAAAUAUAUGCGUUACGAUUUUUGAUUGGGCUUGCUGAAAGUGGUUUCUAUCCGGGGAUGCAGUACAUCAUCGGAUCGUGGUACAGAAAAGAUGAGUUAGCCAAAAGGUCCUGUAUAUUCCAUGCUACAGGUGCACUUGGGUCGAUGUUUUCUGGAUACUUGAUGGCUUCCGUGUACCAUCUCGGGGGCCGAGGUGGUCUAAAAGGUUGGCAAUGGCUGUUUAUAAUUGAUGGUGUUAUUUCCCUUCCCAUCGCCAUAGCAGGAUAUUUCAUCCUCCCAGAUGUCCCAGAAAUUGCCAAGGCGUGGUAUUUCUCUAAAGAGGAAUUAGACUAUGGUAAGAAACGCAUGGAAUUGGAAGGUAGAGAACAAAGGAAGCCAUAUACCAAAGCAAAGAUAACAAAGAUUUUCUCGUCUUGGCAUAUAUAUGCUCUUACCCUCUUAUAUGUAGCUUUCAACAACGGGGCGGCUGGAGCGGCACCAGUUUUCGCCCAAUUCCUCAAAGACUCAAAGAAUCCCAAGUAUACAGUGGGCCAAAUCAACACAUAUCCGACGGGUACUUCGGCAGUACAAAUUGUGACCACACUUGCGUAUGCUUGGACCUCAGAUACUAUCUUGAACGGAAAACGCUGGCCACCAAUUGUUUUUGGCGGAGCUAUGAAUAUCAUCUGUUAUGUUUCUCUGGCAAUAUGGGACAUACCCGUUGGAUGGAAAUGGGCCUGUUAUUAUCUCAUGGGCUCCGGGUAUGGCCUUUCUGGUCUUUGCAUGGCCUGGGCGCAUGAAAUCUGCAAUAAAGACAAUGAAGAAAGGGCAAUAGUUAUUGCGACCAUGAAUGAGAUGGCUUAUGUUCUUCAGGCUUGGUUGCCGUUGAUUGUUUGGCAACAAGUUGAUGCUCCGCAGUAUCGAAAGGGGUUCAUCACCGUCAGUGUACUUUCGCUCAUUCUUAUCCUGACGACGUUUACGAUCAGAAUAUUGUGGAAACGGGAGAGACUCCGGGAAGCCAGGGAUAAAACGGCUGAGUCAUUGACAAGUAAUGGAAAUAACGAGAGACAAUCCGAAGAUGUUGGAUUGGAUGUGGGUAAAGCUUUGGAUCUGGAUGUUCGAGAAGAUAGCGUCCCUGGCCCACGAUCUAACGAUCACAGUUCAAGGGCCAUUCAAUGAGCAACUCGGUUUUGAUGUUGGUUUUACCGGAGAGAUCGUAGCGCCACCUCACCCAUUAGAAGACCAGGUAUCCCAAUCUGCCAUUAACAGCGGCGCUGCACAGAUAGUCCAAAUGAUGCAGGGUUUAUGACUACCUAGCUUGAUGGGCUGUGUCGUGGACGGUGAGUGAUAUUUAGUCGUAAUGGUAUCACAUACCAGCUGGCCACAGCCCAUCAUUUGGUGUCGUGGGUGUGCAUCGGAACUCACUCGUGUUCAUUGACGAAAUGUGAACUAUCACGUGACCAUCACUCUUCUCUAGAUCGAAGUGGGCCUUCAUGAGUCGCACGUGGUGGGGUGAAGGUCAACCAAUGAGGGCCCGGUAUUGCAAUGAAACGAACAACCCUUCAAAGUUUAAUAACAAAGCCUUCAAUGAUAGAUGAGUAAUGCA